AUGGUGGCCGCGACGGGGGGCCGGGGGCGCGCGGCCUCCUGGCUGCCGCGGGUGCUGCUGCUGCUGUGGGCGCUGCCCGCGGCGGGCGGGGCGCGCUGGAGCGGCGAGGGGACCAGCCCGCACCUGCAGAGCAUCUUCCUGGGCCGCUGCCACCAGUUCCUCCAGUGGCUGAGCCCCGAGCAGCGGAACAAGAAUUGCACGGCCAUCUGGGAAGCUUUCCGAGUGGUUUUGGACAAGGACCCCUGUAACGUGCUCCCCUCGGACUACGACCUGUUCAUGGAGCUGUCUCGGCACACCCUCCCCACAGACAAGUCCCUGUUUUGGGAAAAUAACCACCAGCUGGUCAUGAGCUACUCAGAGAACGCGAAGCGCCUGAUGCCUCUGUGUGACGUCCUCUACGGCAGGGUGGGGGAUUUCCUGAGUUGGUGCCGACAGGCCAAUGGCACAGGGCUUGAUUACCAGUCAUGCCCAACUGCAGAAGAUUGUGAAAACAACCCUGUGGAUUCUUACUGGAAAAGGGCCUCCAUCCAGUAUGCAAUGGAUAGUUCUGGGGUGAUCUACAUCAUGCUGAAUGGGUCAGAGUCAUCAGGAGCCUAUCCUGUCCAGGGGUUUUUUGCAGAUUACGAAAUCCCCUACCUCCAGAAGGAAAAAAUCACACGAGUUGAGGUCUGGGUUAUGCAUGACAUUGGGAAACAAAAAGUGGAAUCCUGCGGAGAAGGCAGCCUGAGAAUCCUGCAAGAGAGGCUGGAGGGGAUGGGCUUUCGGUACAGCUGCAUCAACGACCACGUGCCAGUGAAGCUCUUAAUGUGUGUGGACCACAGCUCCCAUCCUGACUGUUUAUUGAAUUCGGCGGCAGCGUCUGCUCAGACACACAUCCUACCUCUCUACACACAGCGUUCUGCUGUCCUGAGCCUCCCCCUCCUCCUGGCUCUGACCGUAGCAACGCAAAUGUAACUAGAGUCUCAGGUGUGUUCCCGGGAGGGCCCCGCCCAGCCCAGCCUUGCACAGCCAUCCUUCUACCCCUGGACCGAGAGACGCGCCGCUUCCUCCGAGAGCACUGUGUCCCACAAAGAGCUUUAAUGAGAUGCCACGUAGGGUCUCAGCAUUCAGACCGUCGUCUCAUCCUGUUCUCAAAGCUUCAUUUGAACGAAGCCAGCUUCCAUUCCUUUUUUUGGAAAUGAUUUAGCGCACGGAGACCCCCCAAGCUUAUGUAUACAAUAAUUUUUUAAAAAUUUUAAUGUAGGAGUAUUGCUGAUUAUUCAGCCAUUGAUUAGGCUGAUUGAAUUGGGGAUAAACUCUACUACAACAAAAUUUUUAAAGAAAAUUUCAGAACAGGGACCGGAGUGAUAGUACAGCGGGUAGGGCAUUUGCCUUGC